AUAUACUGUAYUAUAGUAUAUAGAAACUACUAGAGUGUAGUGUAUGUGUGUUUGUGGUGCGAGUAUUGACAACAAAUUUUAGUGCUGAGAAUCACAUCAAUAAAUUCAUUAAACUUACAAUUAUUAUACAUAUGUAUACUAAAUAUUAAUAAACCAUUUGUAUACCAGUAUAACAAAAAAUAUUAAUAUACAGUACUUAUAUUACAUUAACGAUUUGUGAUUUUCAAUUCAUUGUUAAUCAAUUUAUUCAAUUAUUUCUUAAAGACUUGAAUACCUAAAUAUUGAAUGUCACCAACACUUGGAUAUUGGGAUAUUCGUGGUUUGGCACAACCGAUACGGCUAUUGUUGGCCUACACGGAGACGCCAUACACUGACAAACGCUAUAAAUACGGUCCCAAACCAGACAUCGAUCAAAGCGAAUGGUUGAAUGAAAAGUACUCAUUAGGUCUACCCUUUCCUAAUUUGCCAUAUUAUAUCGAUGGAGAUAUUAAGAUCACACAAAGUUUGGCAAUAAUUAGAUAUUUGGGUCGAAAACAUGAUUUGAUGGGUAAUACAGAAGAAGAAGAGAACAGAAUCAGUUUAGUUGAACAACAAUUAAAAGAUAAUAACAACGGUUUCACAAAGAUUUGUUACAAUCAAAACUUUGAUACAUUGAAACUCGAUUAUCUCAAACAAUUGCCACUACUAUUGGAUCAAUUGAGCAAAUUCUUGGGUGAACGACCUUACUUUGCCGGUGAACACUUGACUUAUGUAGACUUCUUGGUCUAUGAAUAUUUGGAUCAACAAAAACUAUUUUCACCACAGAUUGUCUCGCAAUACAACAAUUUAGUCCAAUAUUUAGCUCGUUUUGAAUCACUGCCCAAAAUCGACAAAUAUCUCAAAUCUGAUCGCUAUUUAAAAUGGCCACUAAAUGGUGAUUCAGCUUAUUAUGGAUCACGAUAUGAACAGCCAGAAUAAGACAAUAAUA